UCCAUUCACAAUCCCUUAAGAAUGAGCGUGUUCAAGGCCAUAUUCUUGCUUAGCCUCUUGGCCAUCAUUUUGGCUCCCCAGAAGGCCCAGUCCCAGAGCCUUGUUAAGCCCGAGUGGAGUAAGUUUGCCAAGUGCAGCCAUGUGCUAAUCGAAGCGGCGACACAACUGGCCAGGAACAUUGUACCGACUGUCUACGAGAUAAAUAAAUGCACCGGAUAUGUAGUGGAGUCUCCUGGAAAUGGCGGAAAAAAGACACUGUUUUGGUAUGCAAAGAUCACCUUUGAGUUUCUCAAAAAGUUGGUCCUCGAUCAGCCCAAGUGUCUGCUAAACCUACUGGACAAGGUGAUAGUGACCCUGAAGCCUUAUGUAGAGCAAAUUGGUAGCAUCGGUUGCCUGGACGAGAAUGACUAUUUCUAUUAAAUAAGUAAAUUUGUGUAAAUUGUACUAAAACAACUUACCAUAAAAUGAUAGAAUAGCAUGGCUUUCAUGUUAGCACAAGUAUAAAUUUUAUAUUAUAA